UAAUUCAGGUACUUAGCAUCCCAUAGACAGGGACGGUUUGAAAGCGGCCAGUGUUUACGGUGGGGAGGACUGUUGAUAUAAACAGGAGCCCCCCUGGGUAAGCGACACUAAUCUCUCGUCGUCGGCUGGGAGGCUGAGAUGAGCCUGCGGCCACCGAAACGCUGCAGGGUCCGCUGAGAGGCUCUCGGCUGGUCGGCCGGUCGGCCGGGAGGGCACCUUUGCCAUGGCUGCGGUGGGCAAGAUCAGCUUCACCGUCCGAAGCCUUUUGGAUUUACCGGAACCCGAAGGCGACGGCGCCAAGGAACAGGACCCCUCCGAGAGCUACGGCGACUCCCCGUUCCGGGAAUGGAUGGAAACCGACAAGAGCCACUACCUCUCUUCGGACGAGAGCGGCCCCGAGAGCAGAUCGCGUCCAGCCGCCGUGGCCCAGGCCCGGGAAGAGGAGGAGGAGGAGAAGAAGAAGAAGCGGCGGGUGCUCUUCUCCAAGGCCCAGACGCUGGCGCUGGAGCGCCGCUUCCGCCAGCAGCGCUACCUGUCGGCGCCCGAGCGGGAGCAGCUGGCUCAGGUGCUGCGCCUGACGCCCACCCAGGUCAAGAUCUGGUUCCAGAACCACCGCUACAAGACCAAGCGGGCCAAGGGCCCCGGCCAGGCGCCGCUCCUGCGCAGGGUGGUGGUGCCCGUGCUGGUGCGGGACGGCAAGGCCUGCCAAGGGUGCAGCGGCCCCGCGGCGCAGGACUGCGGCCGCCCCCCGGGCUCUCUCGGCCUGCAGGGCUACCCGGCCUUCCCGCCGCCCGCCGCCCUCAGCCUCUUCCCGGCCUACCAGCACUUAGCGCCUCCGGCCCUGGUCUCCUGGAACUGGGGGUGAGGGAGGCGCCCUCCGCGGCCGCUCUGGAGAGAGACCCGGAGGACUGGCGCCUGCCCCUGGACUGGCCGCUUGGCCCUGCGACGCUGCCUUCCACUGGGACACUCCCCCGCCCCCCAGCCGCGGUCCAAGCCGAGGCAAAGGCUUCAGUUGACCCGCUCUACUGUUAAACGUAGCGAUCUUCAGGCGCGCCCUCGCUGCGGUUCCCCAGGGACUCUUAAGCCUUGACACUUUCCCCGGCAUUAAGCUUUACUGGCAUCCCAGUGAGUACCCUUAGGGGCUGGAGAAUGAGGCGGGGACCUUCAGGACUUUAUAUUUGCAUCCGGACUUGCUUGGGAAUGACACGCCCCGUUGAGCACGGUUGUCCCUGCCUGGGCGAUCCCUUUUGCAGGUCUGUUCAAAGGGCCUUUCCACCCAGGAAGGCGCCCUUCGGACUGCACUAUUUGAGAACCUUUUUAGCACCAACUUCCGGGUUAUAUGCAUUCUAUAAGGGAAGUAGUUUUGAGUGACUGUGAGUAGGGAAUCCUGUAGUGGGUCCGGAUUAAUUCAGAGCGCAGUAUAUUAGCGAGCGCAUUGAUACUGCUGCGUUUCGGACGCGGGUGUUACUGGCAACGAGGUCCAAAUGAAUUCAGCAGGACUUCCGUGUAAAGGAUGGAGGCGUCCAGCCAAGCUUCCUUGGCUUUUAGGAAGGUGAACAGACAAUGUAGAUUUUAAAAGAUGGAUCAUUUCCUUCUGUAGGAAACGAACACCGAGUUAUUGGAAUCGGAGAUGGCUUUUUUUUCAAAGAGGUCCUUUUUGCCACGACUAAGAAACCGUCUUGUUGGCGAAGGAAACGUCCCGCAGGAUCCGGACUGUUUUGGCAGGCACCGGGACUGGGUCAAAAAGCAAAAAAAAUUAUAGUUACAUUAAAAAAAUUUAAACUCUCAGUAGAUCCCCCUUUUCGCUUCACUGGCACAGGAGGUUGCAACUGUGCAGACAUCUACUUGGGAAUAAAUGCCUAAUCUCAUUCAAUGGAGAUGAUGCGUCCUGGGAAUCGGACUGUAAACGACAAAAGGCCUCGGUUCAUUCCUUCGGCUCUGCGUCCUCGAGAGUCGAAGCCCACAUCUGUGACCAGUUGGCAUUUACAGCAUCACGAUUUCUUUAAAAAUGCAGUGAAGACCCUUUUGGGCUCAUUUUUCCAUCUUCCAGUCCGAGGCUUUAGAGCACAAAUUACACCCACCAGCCCCUGCAGAAUAUGCGGGAUGUGGGCUGAAUGAGUGGAUUCCCUGGUCUUGAACGCAUUCCUGCCACUGCCAACUUUGAUAGGCCAGCUGUGGAGCUGAGUCCUUUCCCUCCCCUCCCCCCCCCCACUCCUCUGCAAUUACCCACCACCCUGCCUGUUUUUCUUGUUGCAGAAUGCAGGAUCAAGCAUUUAAACCCUACCGGGGGAGGAGAGAGAGAAGAGGGGGAUUGCAGGCAAAGGAAGGGUUAAAUAGGGCCGCCCUCUUCCAAAUCUAUGGCAGGAUUUUUUAAAAAGGAAAUGUGCUUCCUAACGGUCUAUAAAGGUAUUAAAUGCCUCCUUUCUAAAUGGCUAUUGGAGGGGAAUCCCCAACCCGUGAAAGACACGUGGUUGCAAUAAUGUGUGUGGGUCGUCUUCAGUGGGCGCUAGGAAUGCCCACAUGACAGACUUCUUGUCCGCAAUCAUACUUGGUCACGAAACCUUUAUCAUGUCCCUUCCAUCUUUAUAACCACUCAGGACAACGUUAUUGCAGCCAACAUAGAAAUCUUGAACUAUCUGGUGCCUGUCGGACCCCUUGCAAGCCCGACCCAUUUCAGUCACAAGUCCACAACUGUAAAGGGGAGAGGUACUUCACUUUGUGCCCCACAGUUAUUACAGUUUAAGAUCUAUGGGGGUAAAAGAGAACUGUGAUUCAGCUGGGGCACCCUGAAAAGUAGCUUUGCGCCCUCUGCAGAAGUCCUUGAAAAGAAAAAGACCCCAGUCCAGAAUUCCCCGUCCUACAAUGAAGGCUGAGCCUGAACCUAAGCCCCUAGAGGUGGAAUUAGGGCCUACACCAGGAGGGGAGGAAUGGCUUCACUGUGCUGAGGCUGGUCCAGGCUUCAAGGCCCUAUGGAUUGUGUCACACAGAGAGGGUGGCCUAAAAAUAAGCAUAAUAAAUGAAUGCAUUUCAGAAACUGAAUAGAUCUUGCCUUCAGGAGCGAUUAGUUGCAAUGACCUGCUAUGUUUGGGCCUCAGUGGCAUCUUGUUUAAAGACAGCAAAAAUAAUGAUAUAUAAUUUCAUUUCAUGACCCACCAUUCUGGCAUCUCUUCCCUGAGUGUGACUGUGCUCAGGUGUUUGGGUCUUUUUUUUUUUUUACUGGAGAAGGGCAGUGUGGAGGAGAAAUACUUUGUUAUUAGACCAGAUAGCACAAGAACCAAGAUCAGAUAGAAACUAUUGAGCUGCGUUCCUUUCCCAGCUAAUCUGCUUUAACAGCUCUUGCCUACUGGGGAAGGGAACUGGGAGAUUUCUGGGAGACAUUUCCCUCCCCCAUUUUCUUUUUUUCCCAUUUAAUGCUUCAUAUGAGUGGCCCCAACAUGAUUAAACCAAUUGGUUUCAACAGAAGUAUUUCAGAUUUCUAGACAUGGCUAAAAGGCAGGGCCCAGGAGGAAUCUUGUAAUGAGCCAAGUCCUUCAGCGUCACACCAGAGGCUUUGGUUGGUUUAUUCCUGAUCUAUUUGGGGGAAAAAAGAACACCAGACAUCCUGCUCACAAGUAGAACACCCAUCAAGGAACAUUUCAUGGGGGAAAAACAGAAACCAAACUCUGUGAAAUGUGGAAGCUGAUUGUGUGGAACUGAAAUGGGUAAAAUUGAAAUUGUAGCAUAAACACCUUGCCUCGAAUGUGAACUGGAUUUUGAACUGGUUCUCUUCUGGUUGCUCUUCCACAUUAAGUAGCAAAUGCUGUUCAGGUCCUUCUCUACUUCUAUUUGGUGACCAUGGAGCAUAUUCUCUGUAAUGGCAAUUAGUGGGAAUGUUUAUCUGCUGGUUUGGAUCAGUGACUCCUACUCCAUAGAAUGUUUAUCUGCUGGUUUGGAUCAGUGACUCCUACUCCAUAGACCGAGGCAGGGAAGAAAGAUCACGUGGAGCUCUGGUUUGCUUUGACUUUCCAAUAGCACAGUUAGCUUGAAUGUCUCCUUCCAUAAAAUUGACAACUGAAAUUGGGAAGGGCCUCACCUCUUGCUUUGGAGAUCAACCUGACUUGGUGUAAAACCAAUUCCCUGAGCUCCAGUUUUGACCACCAAAAUGCUCGCUUAUGUCUUUUGCUUGUGCUCUGCACUGGGACUUCUGCAUCUCAUUGUUUGUGUUAUGCCCUGCGCUGUGGGUGGUGAUCUUAAGAAAAUGUCUGAGUGGGGAACAGAAAGAUCGUUGGGUCUGGGCUGUUGUUGGGGAGGGGAGUGUUGGACAAUCCUGUUGUCACCUGUUUUUUUUGUCUCAGCUGCUGGCCAUCUUGUCUUCCAUAUGGUUGGGGUUAUCUCAGAAGAAUCUCCCAGAGAAUCGCUCCUUAAACCUCCUUUUGUCUUGGGAGUUGAAAAGAGCAUUGUUAUGCCUGAAAGGGACCUAGACAAAAUCCGCACUGUUUCAAUUCGGGACUGUUUAAUCAGUCCCUAGUGACAAUUUUAUGGGUUUUAGGCGGUACAAUAGUAUCUUUGAAAACCUUGCGGCCUUCAGGAAAACAAAGAGCUCGAAUUUUAUGGGCUUACAACUCCAAUUAGAACUGUGCCAAUGUGCAAGGGAGAUUAUCAAAUUUGUAUCAUAAAACCCCUUUAUAACAAAUGAUUGGUGGGGGAGGGACUGUGACUUCCAGCAAUAGACUUUGUGGAAGAUAAACUGGAAGCAGCACAUGGCACUUUGCAUCUUAACCCUUUGGCUAAGCCUAUCAGUCAGUUUUGUACAGCCCCUGGCUAAGCUUGCCCUUAUUCUUCUUUCUUAUACUUGUUAUCAUUGCAGGAAACAAUUUUUCGAUCUCAUUAAAAAUAGGGGUUGAAUAUUCCAUGAAAAAAGUCCCCCCUCAAUAGUGGUACUUUGUGGCUCAUUAAAAUACACAGAUUCCCAUAAGCAAGACACUUAAUGGCAGCAGGUGGACACUAAUAUUUACUCGUUUUAAAGAAACUGCCACCAACACAAACAUAGCUAGCACAUAUACUACUUUUUCUGUUUCGUAAAUUGGUUCUGCUGGUGACUCUUCUCACCCUGUUUUUGGGCUCUUCUGAGACGUAAACUUGAUAUGGCCUCUGGACACCUGUGAACAAAUGUCCCCCACUGGAGAACAACCACAAACAAGUGUAAAUAAGCAGCUGUGUGGUUCCCACCUGGGUCAGGAUUAGCCCUUGCUCCAGCACCAUUUCAUCUCUCUCACAGAGCCCUCUGAACUUACUAUGAGCUCUGUGGGGGAAAACAUCCCUAUGGAAGCUGCAACUUGCCACCUUUUUGCAUCACCAGGCAUAAAGUGGAAGGCUGGAAGCUCCAGGUCAUUCAGGGAGACUCUGCAAUUCUUUCCAGGGGCCUGGGGGGGGCGGUCCAAAGAGAUAUACUGGCAGGUAAAAGACUACAGUUGAGGGGUGGCUUCACCCAUUUGCUCUGGAUCAGUGGUACUGGAGCUGUUGUGAGAAGGGUACCUGCUGCUAUAGCUUCUGUGACUAAGACAAAGAUUAGAAAGUGUCAUAUGGUGCAUAUGAUUGUUCCCUGGGGAGUUUCCAUACUAAUGAUCUCCAGUGCUGCUGGUGAGACAUUUUUAAUGUAAGCUGGAGGAUUCAAUAGACAAUACAGGAUCCCUAUCACAGAAAUAUGGAAACAUAGGGCUGGAAGGGAUCUCAAACGUCAUCCAGUCCAAUCCUCUGCUCAAUGCAGGAAAUUCACAACUACCUUCCCUCUCCACUCACCUGGCUGUAUACCCAAUAGAAGGCUGAAAACCUCCAGGAUCCCUAGCCAACCGGGUAUGGAGGACCCAAAUUUUUCUUUAGUGUCAUACAAGUCACUGCAGCAUGUAUUAUUUGUCCAACAUUGUUCCAGUAAUGUCACAAAUCCAAAUCCACACUAACAUGGGAGGAUACAUGAAUUCAAAGGGUCCUUUACUCCUCUUGGGAGUUGGAACAAUGGGAUUAUGGGAACUCAGAAUCUCAGGCUCUGGCAUUCUGCUGUCAUGUUCAGAAGCCCACACUGGUGUGAAGGAAGUCAUUGCAUGGAAGUGACUUGUCAUUAGGAUAAGUUAACAAACACUGCCAGUACAGGUUCUCUAAAUGCCUACAUGCAGAACAUCUCUAUGGGUAGUAUACAAUAUCUGAAUUAGUGCAACCACAGAGAGUUAAAAAAAGAGCUAUACAAAAAUGAAUCACUGUCUGGAUGCACUGGUUCAAACAUACCAAUACCUGAUUUAUGUUCAGAUUAAUACUGGCAUUUGAAUAGAUUCCUGUAGAAGACCUGUUUGAGGUGAUCCUGUUUGAGGUGGUCUUAGCGUUCUCUUAUUCAUGGCUCAUCCAAAAACAUCAGCUGCCUGUGGAUGUUGGAGUAAUCAACUUAUGAAAAUGCUUGUGAUCCAUCUGAAGAAUGGUCAGCCAACAUGCUCAUGGGUCAUGGGUCAGAAUUUACUUUAUCCACCAACAUCUACAGGGAUAUUCUACAUGGAUGGCUUUAAGCGUCUGGGCUGGGCUGUAGACCAGUGGUUCUCAACCUGGGGGUCGGGACCCCUUUGGGGAUCGAACGACCCUUUCACAGGGGUCGCCUCUCUGCAUCAGUGUUCUUCAUCUGUAAAAUGGAUAACUGUUAGGGUUGGGGGUCACCACAACAUGAGGAACUUUAUUAAAGGGUUGCGGCAUUAGGAAGGUUGAGAACCACUGCUGUAGACUGUCCCUGACUUCCAAGUAAAUGCACUGUUUAAUUUCUAAACUGGUAGGUACUGGAGUUCAACCCUGCCUGCUGUGCCUGUUUUUUAACCCUAGCCUGAGAUCAGUAGACUGUGUGUGGCAGGACAUCACAUAUUUGGAAGUACUGCAAGUAAUACUUAGUAUUUACAUAAUACCUUAGGAUUUUGAAAGUACUUCAAGCAUGUUAUCUCAACAAUAUAUGCACCAUCCUUUCAGAAUAAAUCAACAACACAAUCUCUGAAGUCGGGCUGAGGCUGAGACCGGAUGGCUUUUUAAAGGCACCUGGUGAACUCAUGGUUGAUAUGAGAUUUGAAGCAAAGAUUUGCUGAUUAGCCACUUUUACUGAAUGACUGUGUUAUAUUACACUGCAUUAUAUUACUGUCAACUCAGAGUAUAUUUGCAUUUCCAUGUGAGCUUUCAGGCUUCUUGAUAGAUUCUAAUGUGCAGAUGGUGUGCCAGAGACACAUGUGCUACCUUCUGCCUUUGAACAACGUGGGCUUGACUCAAAAUGGAAUAGUAAUUUGUUUGGAACUCUAGUAACUAAUUUUAAUGCUUGUUUUCUUAUAUGUUUUCUUUUCCUGUGUCAGAAUAAAUCUUUUUUUCUGUUUUUUAAAGAUUUAUUGUUUAUCUGGUUAUUUUAAAAAGACCCAUAUCAGCUUUAACCCACUUGGCUCUACAUUGCUUGGAUAGUUCUUUGGAAAAUGGUAUAAGUUGGAAUAAAUGGCAUCUUUGUGUCAGCUGUCAAAGUG